AUGAUCAGUGGCACAGCUUCCACUGAUUCUUGGGCAUCGAAGACGACGGCAUCGUUGAUGACGAACGGAUUGAAAACCGCGUUUGCUCCAAACACCGUGGACCCUAGGAACAACAUAAGACCUGACGAAGCCGAGGAAUCUGAAAACAAUCGGUGGAAAUUGGCAUUUUCGCCUCAGGAAUCUGGUUUACGUCAGUCUUCGAGGAAUGCGAAAAAUGCACCGGGAAACUCGCGCAAGCAGCAGCAGCAACCAACAAACCAUGAAGAUGCCGACCACAAAAGACUCACCUUGAAGUUGCGCUCCGACGAGUCCGGCCAAAAAGACGACGAGGAGAAAAUUAACACUGAUGUGCGUCGUCACAAGGCCUCCGCCAGCCAUCAUAUUAUACAGAAUCGAGCAACAACGAAAGAUCACAUGGCACUUAUCAUCUUAUUGUCUUUGUCACAGCCGCCAUCAACUCCCUUCCGGAAACCGAGCAAGAACAACAAUAAGUAUAGAAUCACUGAAACUCUUUUCAGAAGAACAAAAUAUUUUUAUGUUUUCACGCAACACUCCACUCGCGGCGACGCGCGCAUUGCGAUUGACAUGCAGCCAUUACCAAGGCUGGCCUUUGCAUCUGUCCUUACAUCAUCGCUAGUUAUACUGAUAACCAGACACGUCAGCCGGCCGCUUUCCUACAGGAUUCCUAUGUUGUCCCUGUCCGUCAAUCACGCGCACCGUUUUGCCGGCGGACACGCCCAGGAUAACUUUCGAUUGCCGAUCGCUGCCCAAACCCUCCCCCCUCCUCCUCACCUCAGAGACUGUGACGUCACGCGGAAUGAAUUCUUCGAACCGCGCGCUCUGAGCCCAAGAAAAGCCUCCGGAACGCAACCAUGGGAGAACCUGCACAAGCAGGAUAUGAAAAGAAGCGUUAAACUGAUGGAUCAGGGACGAGAAUUGGGAUGCAGGAUGGAAGAAGUUGGAGGAUCCAGAUUAGAGAGCUGCAAGAAAGGUCAAGAAGAAAAUUCCAAGAGUCUGACUCAACACCAAGUACAUUACGGGCCCAGAUGUGCACCGUAUAAGUGGUACUCCUGUGCUGGUCAGUCGGUGACAGAGCGUGAAUGGGACAGGAUUCCCCAAGGUCACCUGGAUGGUGUACAUUAUUUGUUGGGCGUGGCCAGCAGGAGCUCGGCUGCUGCUGGGAGCAGUGCGCCAUCUGGAAACUCAUUCUCUGUUUCACGUCAGACCAAAAUUCCGAGCAGCUCUUGCAUCGUCAUGAUUCGUCACAGGUUUCAGAAUAAUUUGAAGAAAUAUUUGGGAUAUGUGCCGAAAAGAAGAAUCUUUUUGACUAUGAUGCGGGUGCUUACUUGUUCGACGUGGUUCCUGGCUUUGACAUCUGCUGUUUUUAUCUUAUGGACAAUUUUCGACUUGGAUCCAUCCGGCAAAUCAAAAUCGGCAUCAGAUGUCCAUGGAAAACCUGCAUUUAUUGGAUACUUGCCAGACCUUUUGCAAUUGACUGACUGGAGAACUCAUUGGCCUUACAAGGAGUUGAAGACUAAUGAUUUGAACACAUUCUUCAGGAUUUCUUACAGGGACAAGUUCCUCAGAAGCAACUUGUCUCUGAAAUUGGAUCAUCAGUCUGAGAUUUUUCAAAUCAUUACUGCGGAUGAAGAUGAAGUGCAGCUUGAAGAAAAAGGCUCAGAGAUACAAGCAAUCAAUUUGAAUAAGCACCAGCAAAAGUAUCCUUUGGUGAUUUCUGGUGGGGAUUUUUAUGGAAGAAGCAAGAAAAUCUGGCUGAGCAACUAUUUACCAAAUAAUUGGAAGCCUGAGUAUGAGUGCCUGGAAUGCAAAAGAUUGAAGUUUGAAAUCAGAUUUUCACAUCAU